AUGGAAGAGGAGAAGCAAAACAGAAAAACGUCCAAAUGGCCCAGACCCAUGUUCUGGAUCAUCACGGUAGCUCUGGCCGUAGCGGGCAUCGGCUUGGGGGUGAUCAUUGGCCAUUUCACGGCACCGAGAAAUGCAGAGUGUACGGUACCAACGCCUGAUCCCAACACUGAUACGCCCCCCGUGAACGUCAUUGAACGUAUAAACGCUGAGAAUAUUGAAGAGAAUCUACGGUACUUCACUAAGGUUCCUCAUAUCGCCGGCUCUCCAGCUGAGCGUUCCAACGCGGAGUACAUGCGUGACACGUGGGAAGAACAAGGACUAGACUCGGCUAGACUCGUUCCUUAUGAUGUACUUCUGUCUUACCCCGAUGACAAUAUUCCAAACAAGGUGUCUAUCCUCGACGAUGGUAAUGAGAUAUUCCACUCGCGACUGGAGGAGGCAAUGCUUAGACCUGGCGACGACCACCCUGAUGUCGUGCCGCCAUUUAAUGCAUAUUCAUAUCAAGGCGAACCAGAGGGCGACCUGGUGUAUGCUAAUUACGCUCGAGUGGAAGAUUUUGAAUACCUGGAGAAAAACCAUCCUGACCUCAACUUGACUGGCACCAUCAUCAUUGCCCGCUAUGGAAAGAUAUUCCGAGGAAAUAAGGUGAUGCUCAUUUACUCGAAAGUCCUGCGAAACUGCUUCUUCAAAACGAGGUGCCCCGCGUUUGCCUUUCGCAUAGACGACGAGGACACAGCCCUGCCCAAGAUACCUGUCCAUCCCAUCGGCUACGGGGAUGCUCAACUGCUUCUGGGCAACAUGACCGGUGUGGAGGUCAUUGAAUCCUGGAGGGGUCACUUACCUGUCACCUACCGCAUUGGUCCAGGCUUCAGCAACCCUCAAAGGUUGGUACCUGAUUACGAGUUCAGCUGA